AUGGUGAGCAGGAAACCAGUCGCCCCUACGGUCGACACGACUCAGGCGAAUGCGGCGACCACGAAUCCUCCGAACGGCACAGCCGUACCCUACCCGACGACGCCUACGAAAGAGGGAGGAGACCCACAGACAGCCAGCAGUGUCUACAGCCCAGACUUGAACACCUCGCCUGCCUUCGACCUAAUUGACAUGAAUGCUGCACGGGAGAAGAAGAGGAGAGACUCCGAUGUUAGUUCGCACGGUACAUGGGACUCAGACGAUACCGAUAGGGACAUCGAAUCUCCCGAUGGCUUCGUCGAAAUCCCCAAACCUUUGAGGAUCACUCCUAGCAACCAGGAUAUCAAGGGCCACGCAAGGAACGAAAGUGAGCUGCCCUCUAUCCUGCGGCCAGGACCUGUGAACGGUGCUGUGGGUGUUCGCAACGACAAUCAGAAGUAUGACGAUGAGGCACACGCAAACCCAUGGGCACUGGAAUCAAACAACCCCUACAACAAGCAGAAUGGACUAGUGCAAAAUGGCGCGCAAAAGAGCACCGAGAACGUCCUGCCCAGUCCACCAAUAUGGGAGCAAGCCUCGCAAAAGCCACCUCCUCCGCCAACGCAAGCACCUCCCGCUCCACCGACUGAGUUGCCCACUGUUCGGACGCCCGCUGAAGAGCUUGCGCACCUCUCUCUUGGCAGCGAUGCCUUGGCAACACCUUCCUACGAGACAGCAGAGGAAAUGGUCGUUCCUCAAAAAGGUCAACCUCCAUUUGCUCCCGUAUCCCAACCGGCCAACAACCUACCCGUCACCAAUCCGUGGGCCGAGAGCAAGACGCCUUCCCCACCUCCGCCGCCGAAAGAGCCGUUGCCACAGAGCUCGAUUGAGCAUGGCAACAUUCCGAUUGCUCUGCCUGAUGCACAAUCUCCAGCUCAGUCUCCUGCGUUGCCACUGCAAAACGAAGAGCGCGCACCGGAAUACGCCUCUCCUCCAGGGCCACCUCCAGGACCACUGAUCGAUCAUGCUCAGCCGCCUCCAACUCAGCAACCUCCACCCAUAUCUACAGAUUUCCCAGCCGCUUCAUCAUCGUCUGCACCAUUCACUGUACCUGAGACACCUCGCACCCAAGAGAGGAAACGCAAUGAGCAUUAUCAAAUCAAGCACAUCAACUGGCAGGACCGGGAUAAGAUGCGUUCUUCUCCAAUACUGACCCAGAACGAGAACGGCCCGUGCCCGCUGCUGGCUCUCGUCAAUGCGCUCGUAUUGUCGACUCCGCUUGACAUGGACACGCCUCUAGUGGAGACGCUUCGGACCCGCGAACAGGUGUCACUUGGCUUGUUGCUCGAUGCAGUUUUCGACGAGCUCAUGUCAGGCCGAAGAGGGGACACUGCCCACAGUCUGCCAGAUGUGAGUGAGUUGUACGCAUUCCUAUUGGCUCUGCAUACUGGCAUGAAUGUGAACCCACGUUUUGUCACCCCAGUGCAAACACCUAGAGGCUCAUUCGAUGGACAUCCAAAAGCCAUGAACGGCAUACACCCUCUACAGAGAGCACAAAGUAAGCCUGGCAGUUUUGAGGAGACGAGAGAAAUGCGUCUCUAUUCGACCUUCAACAUUCCCCUGAUCCACGGCUGGAUCCCGGCGCGAGAGUCUCCAGUAUACUAUGCUUUUGAUCGCAACGCCAAGACGUUUGAGGACGCUCAGAACAUCCAAUUUGCGCAAGCAGAACUGGAGCACAAGCAGCAGACGGAAGGGCUUAGCUUUCAGGAGCAGCAAUUGCUUGAAGACAUCACGACCAUAAAAAGUUUCCUCGGUAACUGGCCGACGCAGCUUACAGAUCAUGGACUGGAUUGCAUCUCGCAAAGCUUAGACUCAGGCCAAAUCGCGAUCCUGUUUCGCAAUGAUCACUUUAGCACACUGUACAAGGAGCCACGACAUGGCGCUCUCAUGACGUUGGUAACAGACCAGGGCUACGGCUCACAUGCAGAGAUUGUUUGGGAAAGCCUCGUGGACGUCAAUGGCGCUGCUUCUGAACAUUUCAGUGGAGAUUUCCGCAGUGUGAGCCAUGGCAAUGCCACGAAUCUCAAUCAAGGCAACUCUGGGGGCGGCAACGAAGGCUGGGAGACGGUACAAAGCCGAAACAACAAUCGUCGGCCGCAAGCGCAGACCUCAGACUCUGACGUGCCGCCACCAUUGCCAGGUCCUAGGCCGACUUCCAAUGUGUCUACACAGCCAUUACAAGAUCAAGAUCUAGGUGUCACAUCCUCGACACAGCUUUCAGCCUCGGAACAAGAAGACCAUGAUCUCGCUCUUGCUCUUCAGUUACAAGAAGAGGAAGAGGAUCAGCAGAGACAAGCCGAGGAACGACGAAGACGAGAGCGCGAGCUCUCCGAACGAUAUCUCUCGUCAGAAAGUAACAACGAACGGCCCCCACAAAUUCCCCCACGCCGAAAUCAAAGGUCACCUCGCCAGAGCAGUGGCAACAUCCCCGUCACCACCCGUCCGCAUGGGAGACCUGCUGUAAAUCGUCCGGCGGACGCUUUUGAUCCCGAUGCACCGCCAACCUACGAGCAGUCUUCUCAUGAUCGACCUUACCGGCCCGCAGGAGCAACGGCGCAGCCAGCACAGGGGAAUCCGCUGAACACGCUUGAUCAUCUUCAACGACAAAGUGCUUAUGCUCAGCAAAGUUCCACAACCGUGAAUAGUGUUCCUGGUCAUGGUCGACGUGACAGCGGAAACAGGAUUGGCCGUAGACCCAGUCAUAUCCAGAAUCAGACGCCGGCAUAUUCACAACAUCCAGGGAGAGUGCAAGGCGCAGCCACUGUGAAGGAAACGGAUGAGCGAUGUGUCGUGAUGUAG